AUGCCAGCUAGGGAUCCAGCAACUUCACCUCACCUACCCACCAACCUACCACAACCAUCCCAUUCACCCAUCUUACCUACUCACCAGCAGCAACAACCUCAACAACCACCACCGUUAUCACCUGGUCCAUCUGCUGCGGCAUCGGCAUCGUCAUUCUCACUUCGAAGUGCUGAAUCCCCCACACCUGAUCAACAAGGAGGAGCGAGUUAUUUUUCACAGAUUUUAAGAUCAGUCAGCAUAGGUCAUUCACAGCAACAGCGUCCAAUGGAAAAUGAUCUCAACAGCAAUGCUGGUAUCUCAAAUGUUGGGAUGCAUUCUGGUAGAAGGAUAAGCAAUGAUUUCCAUCAGAGUGGUAAUGGUAACAACAGUCACAAUGAAGAUCGAAUAGGUUUAGGAAACCCACCUCACAACCAUUCGUCCAAUACACCCCAAUCAAUUCGAGAUUCCACAGCCAGACUUGCGUCUUUGUCAUUUUCUUCUCGACCUCGAGCGACUUCGUCAGCGGGUGAUUCAUCUUUCAGUCAUUUCCAACCUUCAGUCUCACCUUUGGCUUCUCGUCAACCUCCAUCGUCUUCAGCCUCUAUACCAAAACAACAACAACCAGCAGUAGUAGGGAAGGUGAACAAACCUGUCAAUCCAAGUCAUCUCAACCCUGCCAUAGCAAUUGGUCAAAAGACUUCCCCAUCUUCGGAAGAAUCCAACGGGAAUGGAACAGGCGUAUCACCAUAUGCGGGUCAAAGAUCAGGUUUGAGUAUGAUGUUAGAACGAGCUAAAGAAGCUGAGUCCGCCUCGACGUCGACUAGUGAAGGUGAUAUGUCAAGAAAACCACCUAGUGCAGCUGCAAGUGACAACGAAGCAGAAGAAGAGAGAACGCCCGUACCUAGUAGGAAACCAUUGAUCGAAGUCGAUUCAGAGGUAGUAUCGAUAUCGAGUUCGAACAGUCGACCUUCUUCUAAACAUGCUUCUGCAUCUUCACUUCGGAGGUACCUAGCAGAUGAAGUAGCGAGAGAAGACGUGGAAAGGGCCAACGCAGAUGCAGAUGAAAAUACACCUUUACUGGCUAAUGGAAAUGGAUCAGAAGGGAAGAAACAGAGAUCAUGGGCUAGUCAGAGUUUGGCAGAUGUGAAAACAUGGAAGAACAGUUUGAGUAAAGUAUCACCUAAAGAUGUCGCCAAGGGUAUUAUAGUUGAACCUAUCAAAACUAUCCCAUCGGUCGUUUUGGGUUUGUUGUUGAAUGUUUUAGAUGGUGUUAGUUAUGGUAUGAUCUUGUUCCCGGCAAACGCUGUAUUUGUAGAUUUUGGUUCAUUAGGUGUAUCAAUGUUCUUCGUCUCAUGUAUCGUCUCUCAACUCGUAUUCUCGCUGGGUGGUAGUAUCUUCCCAGGUGGUAACGGUUCAAUGAUGAUUGAAGCUGUACCAUUCUUCCAUAUCUUGGUAAACACCUUUGAGGCUGUGAUAGGUGAUGACGAUAAAGCUAUAAUAGCGACGACAAUGGUUGCUUUCGCAUUCAGCUCCAUUCUAACCGGCUUGGUCUUCUUCGCUCUUGGUGCUUUCAAGUUAGGUGGUCUGAUAGGUUACUUCCCUCGGCAUAUCCUUGUUGGAUGUAUCGGCGGUGUCGGUAUCUUUCUUAUCGAAACAGGAUUGGAAGUUUCACGAGGUCUGAAAGAAGAAGGGUUCGAAUAUAACCUUGCAACGUUGAAGUUGUUUUUCCAAUCCGGUCAUGUAAUAGCGUUAUGGACGAUCCCCUUAGCUCUCGCAAUUUUACUUCGAAUUAUCACCCAUUUCUUCCACCACCAACUCAUCUUCCCUGCGUACUUCUUCGUGGUUCCCUUGAUAUUCUAUGGAGUGGUAUUGAUUGGAAGAUGGGACAUCGAAUAUCUGCGACAGACAGGAUGGGUUUUCGAUGUGGGUAAGAACACGCAAAGUUGGUGGAAAUUCUACACCUAUUUCGACUUCCGUAAGACCCACUGGGGGGCGUUCUGGGCAGCCAUGCCUACUCAACUCGCUCUGGUAUUCUUCGGUAUCCUCCAUGUACCGCUCAACGUCCCUGCCUUGGGUGUCUCAUUAGCGGAAGAUAACGUCAAGCUGGAUCGAGAAUUGGUCGCUCAUGGUUUCUCUAACCUUGCCGCUGGGCUAGUUGGUACUGUACCUAAUUACCUGACCUAUGUCAAUACCGUCCUUUUCUACCGAGUUGGUGGCGGUUCUCGACUCUCCGGAUUGAUGCUAGCAGCUGCCACAGCAGCUAUCAUGAUGGUCGGACCAUCCGUCAUCGCUGCAUUACCCGUCAUGGUUGUCGGUGCAUUAAUCUUCGUUCUCGGUAUCGACCUGGUCAUAGAAGCUGUAUGGGAUACUAGGAAUCGAGUGAACAAAUGGGAAUAUAUCACUAUAUGGGUGAUAGCGAUUGGAAUGACGAUAUUCGACUUCGUGAUUGGUCUGUUACUCGGUAUCAUCCUUGCAUGUAUCUUCUUCGUCGUCCAGAGUUCCCGCAGAAGAGCAAUCAGGACUGUCUUCAACGGUGCCACCGCUCGAUCAACUGUACGACGACCAAAGUCACAGAGAGAGUUCAUUCAACAAGUAGGAUCGCAGACUUAUGUCAUGAAGUUACAGGGAUUCUUGUUCUUCGGUACGAUCACCUACGUAGAGAGCGAGAUUCGUCAUCUCCUCGAUCUGGCCAAAUGGCAACACAACCCUAUCCGAUUCUUGAUCAUCGAUCUUCACUUAGUCCACGGAAUGGAUUUCUCUUCGGCAGAAGCGUUCGUCCGUGUACAACGACUGUUAGCUGCUAAGGAUGUCUUACUUAUCCUUUGUGGUGCUGCUCCCAAUGGAUUGGUCGGAACCGCACUUCAAGCUGUCGACUUAUGGGCGGACAGGGAAGGUACCAGGGUAGAAGUAUUCGUGGGACUGAAUGAUGCCCUGGAAUGGACUGAGAAUGCUUAUUUGACGGCAUUUUAUGAGAAUCAGCGUCUGAUCGAUCAAGAGGCAUCUGCAGCACAGGUUAUUGACUUCCCCAAAAUUGCCAAACCGCCUUUCUCACUGGCUGAAUCAUUCCAAAAUUCACCGAGGAGAAGUCAUCUGGUCAAAGCUGGAGGAGACACUCUACCGAGAUCUACUUUCCCAUCCCCACCCAAACCUGAACCAUCCUCUUUACCAGACCUAUCUACGAUCCAGCCCUUACAAAUCCUGUACCAGACAUUCGAACCGUACCUUGACCAUACACCGUCUUCUUCCUCAGGAGAUGAAGUGGGUACGAAAGAUUCUGAAUUCCUACAUGAGCUCGUACCGUACUUCAACAAAGAACAAAUCGUAUCUGGAGAUACGUUAUGGACUCAGAACGAUCUAGCAGACGGAUUAUAUCUGAUUGAAUCCGGUUGUCUGAGAGCGACAUACGCAUAUGAUGAUCAUACAAGUUUGGUCCAGGAAACAAUGGUGGCUGGAACGAUCGCUGGAGACUUGAGUACGUUGAGUGAGUUGAAAAGGAAUUGUACGGUCGUUGCGGAACGGGAUUGUGUACUUUGGAAGAUGGAUAAAGACAGUUUAGGCAAAUUGGAGAAUGAGAAUACAGAGGUGGCGAGGAAGUUCAUAAAGAUUGUUUUGAAAGCUGUUGCGGAGGAACAUGAAGUUUUGACUUCUCACUUGAUAGCUGUUUUGUCAUAA